AUCUUAAGCAUGGGAACAUCGAACACCACCCCCACCCAAAAGCCGCCCACCUGCUGUUCCAAAGACUGAAAAAUCAAGCCUCUAGCCUUAUUGCACACUGACGGAAGCUACUUCUGCCUAAGACACAUAGCUGGCACCAAAGAAGAGGACAAGAUCGAGUACUUGCACUCCCUCGACCACCAGGACGUGAACUUGAUCGGCCAAGUGGAGGCAGAACUAGUGAAGACGUUUAAGCAGACACGAAACCAAGGCGACCACGAGUUUAGUGAUAUUUGUGAUAGAGUUACAGAAGAGCUCGAGAAGAAUUUUAUGGAUCUAAGGAAGAUAGUACAAGAUUACAUUUCCAAACCGAGAUGUCAGAAUUAUUUUAGUAAUGAGAGCAAUUUAGGAGAGAAUCAUGAAGACUGAGUGAAGAGUGGGGAAAAUGCUAUUGAUAGAUAUUUUGAUUCAGAAACAUUGCUGAAGCUUGCAUAUGUGACACAAGAAGAAAUUGGAAGAGUUUUUAUAGCUCCAAAUGAAAAUUUCCAAAAGGAUGAUAAUGAGAUUAUGCCUUAUUCUUGACAGAAUAAAGUGAGAAAAACUCUCUGCAUACUGUAUCCUAAAAUACAGAAAAUGUGUUCUCAAGGCAAAGAUUCUGAAUACUUCAGUCUUAUCAAUCCUUUUACUAAACUUUGGGAAUAUUCUAGAACUUCUCAAGAUCUCCAACAAAAUAACAAGGAAGGUCGAGAUAUCCUAAAUUCUCCAAAAUAUGUUGGUAAAAUCCUGAAAGAUAAAAACGUUUUAUCAAAGAUUUGUGAUCAUAAAGGCUGCUCAACUAAAUCAUUCUGCUACAUUCCUGGCUUAAAUUGCUAUUUCUGAAUUAAUCAUUGUAUUUCUCCCUGAAAAGACACUUAUCCAAAACUGUAUCUUUAUAAUAAUUUUAGAAAAGCAGAUUUAGAUAUCAUUAAAGAAAUAGGUUUAAAAGUUGAAGAAUAUACCUACUUUUUCAAAAGAUAUAUGAAAACUAAAUGUGAUGAGUUGAGAGAUAAGUCUCAAGAACAUGGAUACCUGUAUUCAAGUCUAGUAGUUUUAACAAUUUUUCAUAACAUCAAUACACACAUCAAAUCUCUUGGUGAUAAGAUUUUACAUGCUUCCAAGGAAAUAAGAUUUCAGCAGAGGAUUAAUUCAGAAAUAAUUAAUGAGAUUUCUAAUGAUGAUAAUAAUAAGAACUCAUUGUGGGAUCUCUUAUCAUGGGAUGAAAUUAAUGCAAACUUGAAUGGUCUUGAUCUUCCUAAGGUUCAGGAUUUUAAACAAUAUCUUGAUCCACAAACAACGAUUAAAUUAAUAUUUAUGACUCAAGCACAUGUUGAAGACAUGUUAAAACUUGAGUUAAUUCCUUAUUUUAUGAAAAAUAUUGUUAGAGCUUGCUCUUUGGAGGUGUUUUACCUGAUUCAAUGAUACUAUGAAAAUAUAGAUUCCAGUCUUGACUCUCACUUCUUCAUUCUGUUCUGUAAAGCUAUUGGAGAUUUUGAGCUUCAGAAAGAUGUUCUUAAAUAUGUAAAAUUGUUAAAACUGAAUUCAAGCUCAUUGAAUAUUAUUAUCAUACUAAACUUAUUAUCUCAAAAUUUAUUGAAUAUCAACACUUAUCAGAGCUAAGACAUUUUCUAAAGAAACCACAGAAAAUUUAUGAUGGAACUUCUUU